AAACCUGCAUGGACUCCCAUUCUGGCCCUCUGCUUUGCCCCUUCUCCUUACCCUGAAGCUCCUGUUCUUCCCUCCCCCAUACACACUGCUCUUAGAACAUGUCCCUCUGCCUGAAGCCAGUAGUCUUAUUUCCUCCUGGCUCUCCAACUCCUCUUUUGCCCACAGGUGACAGUGUCAACCACAAUGCUAUCCAGUCGCUGGUGGCCAAGUACCUGGGGGAGUCAAGGGGUAGGACCUCGAAGCCCUUCUCGGGGAUCCCAGCUCUGUGCCCUCUAUGCCUUUUCUUACACUGCAGCAGAUGGCCGGCAUGUGUCUCUGGCAGAAGGUGACAAGUUCCUACUACUUCGAAAGACCAAUUCGGACUGGUGGUUGGCAAGGCGACUGGGAGCACCCUCCACCUCUCGACCCAUCUUUGUCCCAGCUGCCUACAUGAUAGAGGAAUCUACCCCUUCUAAGAAUCCAACUGUCAUUCCUCCCAACCAAUCGCUCUGGACUCCUGAGCCAAAGCUGCUUCAUAGCUCACUGGAGGCACUGCACUUGUCUAAGGCACAUCACGCUACAUCUCAGCAGCCUCCUCCUCUUCCCCCCAAAAUGUGUAGAAGUAUCAGUGCUGCCAGUUUGAGGCCCAACCCCCUGAAGCCUUUUCAGGACAGGCCAAGUAGAAGAUCCUUUUCUGAGGAAGAUUCAUUGACAGAAGCCAAUACUAACAUGGCAAGACCCCAGCCCCUCAUGUCAGAGCUCCCUGUGUACAGUAACUUGGUGGACCUUCGCCGCUGUCCCCGGUCCCCACCCUCAGACCCUGCAUGCCCCCUAUUGCAGAGGCUGGAUGCCUGGGAACAGCACUUGGAUCCCAAUUCUGGACGUUGCUUCUACAUAAACUCACUGACAGGCUGCAAAUCCUGGAAGCCUCCACGCCGCAGUCGCAUCCAAGACACGAACCCUGGUUCCAUGGAAGGGACACAGACCCUGAACAGGGACAACGGUGUCCUGCAACCUCAGCCAAAAAGCUUGGGAUCUGACACAGGGACCCUGGAACUGCAUGACCCACAGGGUCCACCCUGCCUAGACCAACGCACCUCCCAGCUUGUCCCCUCAGACCAGCCUCCAGCCUUACAGCGCCCUCGAGAUGUGCCACAGCUCCUGGAAGACCCCCAUGAAGUGGAAAAGUCGGGCCCCCUCAACGUGACCAAAAUUGCCCAAGGGGGGCGCAAGCUCAGGAAGAACUGGGCCCCGGCUUGGGUGGCGUUGGCGGGUAACAGCCUGGUGUUCUACCGGGAACCGCCGCCGCCGACGGCGCCCUCCUCCGGCUGGGGGCCAGCUGGUAGUCGGCCCGAAAGUAGCGUGGACCUGCGCGGGGCGGCCCUGUCGCACGGCCGCCACCUGUCCAGUCGCCGCAAUGUCCUGCACAUCCGCACAGUCCCUGGCCAUGAGUUCCUGUUGCAGUCUGACCAGGAGAGCGAGCUGCGAGCCUGGCGCCGCGCGCUGCGGGCAGUCAUUGAGCGUCUGGAGCGGGAGAACCCUCUGGAGCUGCGUCUGUCCGGGUCGGGACCGGCAGAACUGGCGGAACUGAGCCCCGGGGAGGAUGAGGAAGAGGAAUCCGAGCCGGUGUCCAAGCCGCUGCUGCGAUUCAGCAGCCGCAGGAGCUCCAGUCGGUGUCCCGAAGGCACUGAGCAGAAUCGCGUGCGGAACAAGCUAAAGCGAUUUAUUGCCAAGAGACCUCCUUUGCAAAGCCUUCAGGAGCGGGGCUUGCUGCGAGAUCAGGUGUUUGGCUGCCAGUUGGAAUCACUAUGCCAGCGGGAAGGGGACACGGUGCCCAGCUUUGUGCGACUCUGCAUUGCUGCUGUUGAUAAAAGAGGUCUAGAUGUUGAUGGCAUUUACCGGGUGAGCGGAAAUUUGGCAGUAGUCCAAAAACUUCGCUUUCUGGUGGACAGAGAGCGGGCGGUCACCUCUGAUGGGAGGUAUAUGUUCCCAGAACAGCUAGGACAAGAAGGUCAAUUAGAUUUGGACAGUGCUGAAUGGGAUGACAUUCAUGUGGUCACUGGAGCCCUGAAGCUUUUCCUCCGGGAGCUGCCUGAGCCUCUGGUGCCUCCACAGCUGCUGUCUCAUUUUCGUGCUGCCCUUGCACUCUCCAAAUCAGAGGAGCGCCUCUCUCAAAUACAAGAAUUAAUUGAGUCCAUGCCAAAGCCCAAUCAUGACACUUUGCGGCAUCUCCUGGAGCAUUUAUGCAGGUCCUCCCGCCCAUCCAACAUCCCCAACAGAGGAUCCUAGAGCAGGAGAGGCAAUUUUAGGGUGACAGCUUUCAUUCUUCCCAAGUCCCAGAGGUAAGGUCCCACCUGUUCCCUUACCUGUGUGCCUGUGGAGUUGGGGCUGGACAUAUUCCCUUCCAAGGAUUCCUCCUGGCACUUGCCAACCAGCAAGUCCAAUUCUGACUUCAGCUUCCCCAGAAAGAGAGUUGAAAGUGAUGAGGGCAGAAGUAGGCAAAAGGAAGAGGAACCCAGCCAGGUCUUUCUGGCCCAAGUGCCCCACCCUAGCUGUGGAAGGACUGUCCUCCUCAGACUGUACUGGCAGGUAGACUAGACAAAACAUGAGAUCUCACCUGAAGAGUCUGAGUCAAUCCCAAGGAGCAAACCCACAGCACCCAUGCCCCUAGUUUCCUGGUACCAGAAACUUCUACAUCUCCUGUACUCCCUAGACCUUUUUCUUAAACUCAUCUAGGCUGAGCUGGGGGAAAUUGGACAGCAAAAUAGGGGCUCUCACCUG